CAAGGGCCAUCGAGUCCUCCCAAGAGUAAUAGUCUCUUCGUUCUCUAUCGCAAGUACCCCUCUCACUAGUUACUAUGUCCACAAACGACGAUUCUGCGGCUGUUUUCAUCGCAAAAGCUGCCAAGGCAGCAUUCGAAGCCUCCCAAUUGAUCGCCUCGUCGGAGCGAGUACGAGCCCUGCAUGAACUGCGCGACGAGCUUGCUUUGCGAAGGAGGAGAUACUGGCAGCAAACAGACGAGAUCUUGAGGCAGCUCAGCAGGACGUAAAUGCAGGGUGCAUGUCUUCCUCCCUCUUGAAGAGGCUUGAGCUGAACAAAGUGGACAAAUGGGACUCUAUGCUGCAAGGCAUCCUCGAUGUGGCGAAUCUCCUAGACCCGACAGGCAUCGUCACAUAUGCCUCUGAGCUUGACGAUGACCUCGAACUAUACCGUGUCUCAUGUCCUAUCGGCGUGCUCUUGGUUAUAUUUGAGGCCCGUCCUGAGGUCGUCGUCAACAUCGCUGCACUGGCAAUCAAAUCAGGCAAUGCAGCGAUUCUCAAAGGCGGGAAGGAAUCAAAUGAGACGACCAAGCUAUUAUCCAAAGCGAUUCAGAGUGCCCUGUCAAAAACGAACAUCCCGAGCACUUACAUACAAACCAUCCAGACUCGGGCAGAGGUGUCUGCGCUCCUGCAACUCGAUCAAUACAUCGACUUAGUCAUCCCUCGAGGAAGCAAUAGCCUUGUCCGGAGUAUUCAAAACAGCACCCGGAUCCCUGUUAUGGGUCACGCAGACGGACUGUGUUCCGUUUUCCUUGACGAAACUGCAGAGCUUAAGAAGGCAGUCAGAGUCGUCCUGGAUUCCAAGACUGACUAUCCUGCUGCGUGCAAUGCAGCAGAGACCUUGGUUGUCCACGAAAACGUCGUGUCGACCGUCUGGCCAGCCGUUGCGCAAGCGCUCCUCGACGCAGACGUACAGCUGCUCUGUGACCCACUCACCAUCUCCGCACUGCAGUCACUCUCUCCCACCCCCUCCAAGCUCGCUUCGCACGUCCAUCCGUCCACGCCUGACUCUUACACGACCGAGCAUCUCAGCCUCACGCUGUCCGUUAUCGCCCUGCCCUCCCUAGCAGACGCCAUCCGAUUCAUCAACUCACAUUCGUCGCACCACACCGACUGCAUAGUCACAGAGGACCCAGCGGCAGCGUCCGCUUUCUGCCGCGGAGUCGACUCUGCGGGUACGUUUGUCAACGCAAGCACACGCUUCGCAGACGGCUUCCGCUACGGGUUCGGCACGGAGGUGGGCAUCAGCACAGGGAGGAUCCACGCGCGGGGACCGGUCGGCCUCGAGGGCCUGGUCACGUACAAAUACAUGCUGCGCAGCAAGGGCGAGAACGGCCACGUCGUUGGCGAGUUCGGGGCGGACGACGGGAAGAAGUAUAAGCAUAGGAGCAUCGAAGCGAAGACGGUACCGUUUUUGGAGUAAGUAGAGGUGAUUAAGAUGAUACAUAGUGUAUGUACAACGUACGCGCGACAACAAGAGGACCUACCAGGCGUCAAACAUAAGCA